CUUUCUCUCUCUCCAAACAAAAACGGAAAGACCUGGUUCAAAGACGGAAUAGAUCGACUCGAAAGGGAAAAACCAGAAAAAUGCUCUUUAAUGUCUCUAUUUUCACAACUUUCUGAAUUUCACCCAAAUCAGGAUUCCUUAACACAAAAUCGAACAAACGCACAAAUUUUCUUCAUCAAUUCCCCGAACCCUUCCAAUUUUAUCAUCUCUACUAGUACAUAAUAAGAAACCCUUGUUAUAUUUCAUAAACUUUUUAUUUUAUUUUUUUGGUACACAAAUAAUAGCCAUGGCUGUUGCUUUGAGAUCAAAAUCAAUAAAGGAAGCAACUUUAAGAACAAUAGUCACUCAGUCAAGGUACUUUGUAUUUGAUCAUAUACAUAAGAUUGGUGGAAUAUCAAAUAUUCAUUACACCACUAGAAGAAAACAGUGGGUAGAUUAUUUGGCCAAAACGUUUUACUGUUUAAAUUCAUUUAAAUCGGCUUCUCUUAAAGCUGAAUUCAUUGAUAAGGGUAAUAUUAUUAGUACCAGUAAUGUUAAAGUUAAUACAGAUAAUCGAGAAGUUGGGUCAUCAGAUUGUGAUGAGAAUCGUUUUAAGCAAAGUGAGUUUUUGGGCGAAUUUUGGUCUUAUAGUGAGCCUCCUGAAAUUUGGCAGCCCAACGGUGAAGGUAAUGUAGUUCAUUGGGUACCCCCUAAUGGGAAACAUGGAGGUGGUGGUGGUGGAGGUGGAGGACCAGAUUGUGGAGGUGAGAUGGGCUCGAAUUCAAAAAAUGGGUGUUGGGGUGGAGCAAAUAUGGGUAAGGAGAUACCUUCACCUAAAGAGAUUUGUAAAGGUCUUGAUAAGUUUGUGAUUGGGCAACAGCAUGCAAAGAAGGUGCUCUCUGUGGCAGUAUACAACCACUACAAAAGGAUCUAUUGUGAAUCUUCCCAAAUACAAAUCUGGACUGAUAGGUCUGCAAGAGAUUCAGGCGAUGAAGCUGAUGAGACAGAUUUUGAUUCUGUGGAGCUUGAAAAAAGCAACGUUCUUUUAUUGGGUCCAACAGGCUCCGGGAAGACAUUACUUGCAAAAACCUUGGCACGCUUUGUGAAUGUUCCCUUUGUAAUUGCUGAUGCAACUACUUUAACUCAGGCAGGAUAUGUAGGGGAAGAUGUGGAAUCCAUAUUGCACAAGCUUUUAGUAGUUGCUGACUAUAAUGUGGCGGCCGCCCAACAGGGCAUUGUCUACAUUGAUGAAGUUGAUAAGAUCACUAAAAAGGCUGAGAGCCUUAACAAUAGCAGGGAUGUUUCUGGGGAAGGUGUUCAACAGGCGCUGCUGAAAAUGCUGGAAGGAACGAUCAUCAAUGUACCUGAGAAAGGAGCUCGAAAGCAUCCUCGAGGUGAUAAUAUCCAGAUUGACACGAAAGAUAUUCUUUUCAUAUGUGGGGGCGCAUUUACUGGCCUAGAGAAGACAAUUUCCGAAAGACGACACGAUUCCUCUAUUGGAUUUGGAGAACCAGUACGUGCUAACAUGAGGAGUGGUGGGGUAAUAGAUGCUACCGUCACAUCACAUUUGCUUGAAACAGUUGAAAGUAGUGAUCUUGUUGCAUAUGGUUUGAUACCGGAGUUUGUUGGACGGUUCCCAGUUCUUGUUAGUUUGUCGGCUCUGAAUGAGGAUCAACUUAUUCAGGUCCUCACAGAGCCAAAAAAUUCCCUAGGAAAGCAAUACAAAAAGAUGUUCCAAAUGAACAAUGUUAUGCUGCAUUUCACAGAGAAUGCUUUGAGAUUGAUAUCUAGAAAAGCGAUGUCCAAAAACACCGGUGCUCGUGGUUUAAGAUCCAUAUUGGAGAAUAUUUUGAUGGAUGCCAUGUACGAGAUUCCGGAUAUGAGAGCAGGAAAUGAUAGAAUAGACGCCGUUGUUGUUAACGAGGAAGCUGUUGCAUCUGUUAAUGGAAACAGUUGCGGAGCUAAAAUUCUGUAUGGUGAAGGUGCAUUGGAUCGUUAUCUCUCAAAUGAAAAGUGCAGGGACUUGGAGGGGAUGGAUAGAUCUGAAGGAGACUCGGUGGUGGAAACAGAACUUCCUUCAAUGGCAACCAUGUAAAAACCUUCAUGAGAUCGACUGUGACCAACCAUAUUGAACUUUUCAGUGAUAUGUUUAGUCACACGACCUCGCCCUAAAUGAAAUUGGAAGAUUGUUGGCAGGAGGGGAUUUAUACGGAUUUUAGUUUUUUCACGGUAAUGGUUGAUGGUUUAACCUGGGUUAUCCUGAAGCAUUAAAUGGAUCCGACAUGCGCAGCAUCUUAUAUCACCAUUAUCUUUGGAAUUUUAUUCGGCAGUGCUACCACCUCCCUAUUCUCCUCCUUACAAUCUAAACUCCAUAUUAGGAGAAUGGUGACCCCAUCUGAACCUUAAUGCGAUCUCGAUAUGGAUGUGAAGCAAAAUAGAAUUUCCGAAUUUUAUGGAACAACACAUAUAUAUAACCACAACAUGCCUCUGGUACAGUAGGACCACAAAAAAAGGUAAAUAUUCUUAUAAU